AUGGGAUAUGGCUUCUGCUGGAACACCGCGUUCGGAUGGCUGCAGGGUGACACCGAGUCUGUUGCAGUGGCAACCAACAGUAAGCUGAGAACCCUGAAGGACGCCGUGCAGAAGAGGAGACUAGCAGUAGUGCCUCAAGAAGACCCCACGCUCAACACUCAUUGGUCCAGAAAGAAUGAUGGAAGUGGCGGACAAAUCGACGCCUGGUGGUGCAGUGCCCCGGGUAGAUGCAGUCCGGCUAAGGUUGCGGUUGACUCCAGGAAAAUCCUUGGCGCAGACCAUGAGCAGGUCACAAUCGAACUCGUGAUCGAGUCGACAAAAGAAGAGAGGAUCACCAAGGCUGCUACCGACUGGAGUGAGUACCGCACAGUCAAGAGGCAGGGGGCUUCGGCGUGGCAGUACUCCUUCGGACUGGACUCGGAGAAGGAGCCCCUUACAGAGAUUCGACAACUCUUUCAGGACAGGUUUGAUCACGAGCCUAAUCUGGACGAGAAGCUGGAGCGGUUGAACAGAGAGUUCGAAGCCACCUAUGUACAGGCAGAUUUUGUCCCACUCACGCAGGAGGAGGUCCGUAGUGCUGUGAUGUUAGGGGGUAAUCGGAAGUCUGUUGGUGAAGAUUUGGUUCCUCAGGAACUUUUGAAAGAGCUUGUCCAGAAAGAUGAUGGAUGUAGGGAACUCGCGGCCUUCUUCAAUGAUAUUUUUCUCACAAAGUCGAAGCCCGACACAUGGAACACCAGCGUCAUGACCCUGCUUGCAAAGGUUGCUGAGCCGACAUCGGCUUUUGAUGCUCCUGACAGUGUUCGUCUUGCUGAAACACUGCUCAAGGAAGUUGGACCGUACUAUCCGCACGAAACCAUGGCAUUGGUUGACCUUUUGAAAGCUGGUGUAACCAAGGUGGAUACACUCAGGGGCAGAUGUAGUUUCAGGAAUGGCGUCGGAGUGAAACAGGGCUCGGUGGAAAGUCCAACCAUGUUCGCCUGGUUGAUGGAUCUUAUACUGGCUGUGGCAAAGAAUCGUCGGGCGGAUAACUCACCAUGGAUGGAGGGUCUUUCAGUGGAUGGCGCGGCAUUCAUGGAUGACGUGAUAAGUUGGGCUGCCGCAACGAGUACACUGCAAUCUAGGGUACAGGAAUUACAGGCCUUACUAGGGCAGUGGGGAUUGAGGAUCAACUUGGAGAAAUGUGCUCUUCUUUGUCACGGAGCAGUCGGGGUCAGGGCUAUUCCCAUGGGAGGCUGUACGCUACAUGCGCUACCAGAGAUGGAAGCAAUCAAUGCAGAUAGCAAAGCCUGGGUCAGACUCUUCGGUGGCAGGAGGGGUAAGUCCUUGCGUAACAGAGCUAGAGAAUGGGCGACAUUCAGCGAGUGGCUGCAGGCAUCUCAUGGUGAGACAUGGCCUAGCAAUGUGGGACGCAUUUUGCGUUAUCUCGAAGAAAGGCAUGAGAUCAAGCCCAUAGGCAAGUCUGUCCCGAAGGCGCUCCUUGCUUCGAUUUCGCUGUUGGAAACGAUUGGCCAAGUUGCCCCUGACGCGAGAUUCAGUGGUGACCCUAUCCUAGUGGAGACAGUCCGUUCCUGGACAGCUGAUUUGGAGGCUGCGGCUCCGGGGGUCAGGCAGGCACCGCUUUAUACGAUCGCGAUCAUGCUGUCAAUGGAGCUGCUGCUCUGCGCAACUUCACAAUCUUUGGGACUGCGAUUUGUGGCAUUCUGUGGAUUGCUGAUGACUUGGUCAACCUUGCGAGCCGACGAUCUACAGCAUGUGGACUUGAAGUCGGUCGGCGAGCUCUUUGCUUAUGUCUCUCGUUCAGCUGGCCUUAGCGCGAACACGAUCCUGGAGGCCGAGGGUUUAGCGGUGUUGCUGCGCAGGAUGCUGGGCUGUCUUCGCGAGCCGACCGUGAAGAAUGGUGCGUGGGCAACUUCUAGAAAUCUCCUUGUGCCAGAUACGUUACGAACUUAUUGGAGUGGUCAUAGUGCUCGUCACACUUUGCCAAGCAUUGCUGCAGCAUUGGAUGUUGGAAAGGGUCGUCCAGAUUUCCUCGGCCGUUGGUGCUAUGCGCAGCAUGGUUCGCAGGACUAUAUCUUGACUUCUCGCCAGGUGGUGCAUGGCAUUCAGAGUCUGAUUUCAAAGACUAUCUUGGAAGGUAGUGCUGACGGAGGUUACAUUGAAGAGGAGGUUCUUGCUGGAGUGAAGCAAGCUUGUGCUGAUCUGGCGUUGGACCAAUCGGUCAUCCUUCGGAGGCAUAUGGUGUCCAAAUGGGACGCCGCCGCAAAAUGUUGGAAGCUUCAUGGAAAGUAUCCUCACCUCAUGAUCCCCCCGGAGCAAUUGCAAGGGGCCUCUGGUGACAUAGAGGCUCAGUUGCCUGGACCUUUCCAUGCAUGGAGUGCUGAGGAGAGUCUUGGCGAGGCUCCUUACUUUGUGACUGUGUCACGCAGAGGUCACAGGCGGCUCCAUCUUGCUAAGGCAUGUGCCGUACGGCAGGAGAGAUGUCUAGAGACCAUUGGCAUUUUUACUUUGGAGGAAGCCGCUGCAGAUUCCCUUUGCAAGCUUUGCAAGCCCAAGUUGGCCAACGCUGCCAGCAGCUCAAGCAGUGGAUCUGAGGAUAGUAACAUCGUUGAUUUGCAGGCUGAGGCUCCAGCGGUUGCCAUGAGUGCCGUGGAUCUCCCGGCAGGUGUGACGCAGGACGCUGCUCUGGAUUAUUUCGAGAAAAAUCUGACUACUGAGCUGCUCCACAUCUUUAAUGAGUGUGGGGUUCCUGUCGGGUUGCAGUACAAGCUUGGUCAGCACUUCAAGAACGUGAAGAAGCAGAUCAUGUCGGAGCAAGUGGCUUUGCGUCCUCCCUGGACUGUGAUGAUCAAUUACGAGUUUGAGCUUCGAAAGGAGGCCGUGAAACGUGCCUUUCGAGACAGUCGGGCUCUCAAGGACACGCUGGCGGAGGUGCAGAAUGAUGCCCAGUUAAAAGAGCAGUUCUUUACAUCACCGAUUGCGUUGCAGCAUCGUGGCAUGCCCGCCCCGAACACCUGGUAUGAACGUCCCAGUGGUUCCCGCCUGAGAUUACAGUGGCGUCCACGCGAAGAAAACGUGGAGGCUGAUGAUAUUACCAACUUGCGUUUCGAGCGUUUCUCCUUGUGCAAUCGGGUCGAAGCUUCUCUUGACAUGUUGCCCAUGGCCAUCUUUAACACAAUGCAGUCAGCCUACCGGGAGUUCGAGCUAGCUUGCUCAGAUCAAAAGUUGCAGCAUCCUGUUCCUUCUCCAGCAACUAAGAAGCAAAAGCUGGCGGAGAAGACCAAGUGGUAG